CCUACUAAAACCCCUUUGGAGCAGAAUGCAGAGUCCGAAGAGUUCUCUGACUUGCUGCCCUGUCUUGGUUUUAGUUUGCAGGUUUGUUUUAGUGCAGGUUUAGCUGUUGUCAAGUCCAGUGAUAACUAUUGACCGCCCCUAUCCUAUGUUUAAGUUACAUUAAUUGAAAUAACUUAAGUAUAUUUAAACUUGUUGUAUACUGGGUCAGUGAUACAUCUACUUCAAAAGAAAAAUGGGGCGAUAUUCUGGAAAAAAAUGUCGCUUGCUUUCCAUGAUUGCUCUAACCGCCAGUUUUUUUUUUAUUGAACUGGUAGUUGGGUAUGUCACCAAUUCUAUGGCUUUGGUGGCAGAUAGUUUUCACAUGCUCAGUGAUGUAGUUUCCAUUGUGAUUGCCUUUCUUUCAGUCAAGAUGUCACCAAAGAAGUGGUCUAAGAAUACCUUUGGUUGGGCCCGAGCUGAAGUGCUUGGUGCUCUGGUUAACUCUGUGUUCCUCGUUGCUUUGUGUUUUUCUAUUCUAGUUGAAUCUUUAAAAAGAUUCAUUGAAAUUGAAGAAAUUCAUGAUCCUCAGCUCAUUCUCAUUGUUGGCUGUGUUGGCCUCUUUGUCAACUUAAUUGGUCUUUUUCUCUUUCAUGAGCACGGUCAUAGUCAUGGAGGUAAAAGUCAUGGCCACAGUCACGGAGGCGGUAGCGGCAGCCACGGUCAUAGCCAUAGCGAUGGCCAUGGCCAUUCUCACCUUCCGCACGGCAAUUCUCAUCUUGCCCAAUUGGCCUCUAUAGACGACAACGAAAAUGAUGCAGUCUAUGAGUUGGAGAAUUCGCCCCACUCGCACGCCAAUUCGAAAAGUACCAAAACCAAAAAGGCAAAACCCAAAAACCUCAACAUGCACGGUGUUUUCUUGCACGUACUAGCCGAUGCCCUGGGAUCGGUCGUUGUCAUUAUUUCGGCUCUGGUUAUUUGGUUGACGGAAUGGGAGUACAGAUUCUGCGUCGAUCCCGCCCUCAGUGUUGCGAUGGUCUGCUUGAUCAUGUGGUCAACCUGGCCGUUAUUGCACGAGUCUGCCUUGAUUCUGCUCCAAACCGUCCCUACCCAUAUUCAGCUGGAUGAUAUUCAACGCAAGUUGCUUAGCCAAGUCGAAGGGGUUUUGGCAGUGCACGAAUUUCACGUCUGGCAGCUGGCAGGGGACAGAAUUAUCGCUUCAGCUCACAUUCGCUGCCGCAAUCUCACGGACUACAUGAAAAUCGCCGAACGAGUCAAAGAGUUUUUCCACAAUGAAGGCAUUCAUUCUACUACGAUACAGCCAGAAUUCACCGAGCUCCCGGGAGAUGAAAGCGCCAGCGAAACGGAAAGUUGUGCAUUGGACUGCCCUGCCAAAGAGACUUGCGAAGCCAACACUUGCUGUGGCCCAUCUAAACAGGGCCGAGAAGUUGAACAGUUGAUGGAGAUUACUUCCAACGAAUGCCGCCAGCGUUCGACGGCGUCAUCCAAUGGUGCGAAUCGUGUCGUUAAACAGUCGAAUGAAGAAACGUCGGCGGAGGAAUGCGGAGCGGACGAGUUGAUGCUCCCGACGUGCUGUGCUGAGCAAGCGGCAGUUCAUUCUCGCUUGUUGAGUGACGUCAAUUCUACGGCAAUCAAGGCCUGAUUUUAAUUCGUGUGCUAAGAAUUUAAAACCAUUUCUUUGCCGAAACUAAUUCAUCUUUUUUGUUUUACUAGACGUAGUAUUCAUUAAUUUUGAGAAAAAAAAAUAAUAAUUACGAAAAAAAUGUUUGAUUUUAUGACGUGUUGUAAACCCUUUUGAAAGUGCUGCGCAAUUGUAAGCCUCUCCCCACCUAAAAUGAUUUUCCUUCAUCUCCAAAUGAAAUUUUUUGUUUAAAAAAAAAAAAUCUCAUUAAAUCGUUGGUUUUGGUGGUGGAUCUUCUCAAGCAUCAAGUUUCUUAAACUUGUUAGAAACAUGUGUACAAAGAAACAAACUGCCGGCCCGUGUUCCCCCUUUCGUUUGUGUUUUACAAACGCUAGUUCUCUUCGUUCAAUUCUUUGUGUGUUGCUUCUGCCGAAUCACAUUUAUUUUUUGUCUUAUUGUCCCCAUCAUUUUGUCUAAAUGACUUUUGUCAUCUCCGUAUUGUUUUAAGUUUUUUUAAAUGUAUUAGGACACUGAUAAUGCAAUUCACAUCAUAA